AUUCAAGAUGGCGAGAGCCAGCUUGUCGUAGUAGAGGUCAACGGGAUUUUUAUUUUAUACUAUUUAUUAUAAUUUUAGGAUUUGAAUAAUUUCAAUAAAUUAAUUAUUGUGAAACAUAGACAGUGUAUGAAUAACACAAAAGUGAUGGUAUUCAAACAAUUGCUUUUGAAAAAUGACUAAAUAGCUGGAAAAUAUUUACCUGUCAAAAAUUUGUAAUUAGAUUUUUCUUGUUCUUUUUUGAAAAUAAGCAAUACAAUUUUAAAAACGUACAAAUUUAAUAAGAUAUAUACAAGAAGUUCAUAUCAGAAACAUGGAGGCUAUGCAAUAUGAAACAGCUCGAAAUAUGACCCUUUUAUUCUUUUUUGAACGACUAUUAGAUAAAGGAGAACCAAGAACUCUACACGACUUGAGCUGUCAAUUUGGUUCUAAAGGAUUUACCAAAGAAAUGCGACAAAUCGCUGGUGGAAGCCAAAGUGGCCUUAAAAAAUUUUUGAGCCAGUAUCCUUCUUUAUUUUGUAUGGAUAAUGACUAUGUUACUGUUAAUACUUUUCAACAUAGUAGCAGCAAAGACAGUCAAGGUAAGACUUAAUAUAUUUAUAAUUCAGAACUAGUUAUUUUGUAAUUUUCAUGCACAUUUUCAAUUUGUGCUGACAGUGGCAAUUACUGUCAAAAAGGCUUCUUGAUCUCUGGAAUUACAAAAAAAUUUUUCUUGUAUAGUGUAUUCCAUUCUAUUUUAGAAUAUUUCUUUGUUAGGAAACUCAUUUUCUUUGUACAUUACUUCUAUUUUCUGUUUUUACAUUAAUAUUCAACUGCAAGACUUGAUAACUCUACUUGAUCACUUUAAGUACACACAGACCCUUAUUAACUGUUCUCAACACUUCUUUGUUAACUAUUUUUGAUGUCCUAGGAAUUUCAAGCAUUCAGAUCAAUUAAGGUGGUCAUUAUAGAGAUAUGAUUUCAUUUUUCAUAGAAAUAGUUCUCCAUAUCUGGAUCCAGGUUGUAUGUUAUUAUAAAACCCAAAUACAAACCCCUCAAUGAUUUGGAGACACUUUAAACUGUCUGAAAAUUACUGUAUCAUCUGCUUACAUUAGAAUAAUAAAUUUCAAUCAUUUUUAUUCACAAACACAGAAGUUAUCUAAAUUGUAUCUAAAAAAAAGGUACAACUCACCAUUUGUACUAUAAUUAGAGUUUUUUGGGAAUCAGUUUGCCAUUGGGUAUAAUACGAGAGGUGAUAGUAUCCGGCUUUUCAAUUGGGGAAGGUUUAAUUAGUGGAAAGCCUGAGAUUGAUUUUUGUUUGUCUCUAUUAUUGCAUGAUUAGUCUCUGAUGUAUAUUAAAUAUUGUGUUCUGUUUUUUUUUAUUUUGGUAUGGAAUAUUUACAACUUCAAAUACUUCUUGCCUGAUUGAUGUCAUUUGUUAAAUGCAAUGUAUAGGCAUGCAGUAUUAUUUUUCACAAUAACAGUUUUUUUGUCAUUUAUCCUUAUUAUAAAUUUUGUUUGCGAUAUCAUCAAAAGAUCAGAUAAUUAUUUUGCUUCUUCAAUUUUUUAAAAUUAAUAUUCACUUGAAAUCUGUGAAGAACCAAAUAGUUGAAUAAUUGCAAUUGAAAGGUUCGUUGAAAAUAGAUUGACAACAGAAGUCAAAUAUGACAGUUUUUUGAUUUAAAAUCAAUAUACAAACAUAUUUUAUAUUACAGUCUAAUAUAAAAUACCAAAAUUAUAUUUGUUUCUACAUUGAAAAUAUCGAUAACCCCUAAGUUAUAUAUUAGUGCUAUAUUUUGAAUCCAAAAUAAAUAUUGCUCACAUUGAUCACAAAGCUAUAUCUGCUCUGAUCAUGUCCAAUAGCAGAGUUCAAAGCGAUGAUUCCACAUUGCUUGUAAAAUGUCGAUAUUUUCCAACAUCAAAUGAAAAAAUUGGCACAAAAGACUUUUUACAAGCUAGUUCCAAUGCUGUCAGCCUUAUGGAACGUUUUGGUAAAGUUUUCACACCUAUUACAAAUGACAUGAGAGAAAACAUCAUUAAAUUAACAAUGAAAUAUGAGGAAGACACACAUUCUAAUAAGUAUUUAGAUGAUAUGAUCAUUGGAGAACAGUCCAGUGGAAGAUCCUCUGCAACUGAAGCUUUGUUGUGGUUGAAAAGGUGUCUUCAUUUUCUCUCAAACUUAUUUCAUUUAAUAAUAGAAGAGAAUAAUAAUGGAUCUAUUUCAAAUGAUUUAGCACCUUUACUACAAAAAGCUUAUGCAGACACGUUAGAACCUUACCACGGUUGGCUUGGCACUCAAUUAUUCACUAUUUUGUUCCGAUACAUGCCUUUCAAGAAACAAGUGUUUUUUACACUGGCUUGUGACAAAUAUGACUGUGAUGAAUCUGUAUUAACAGAUAUGAAAAUAUAUAAUGAUUAUUUAUCAACUACAGUUCGAAGGUUAACACAAUUUUAUGUACAUAAUGGUUUGGAAUCACUAAAUGUUUAAUUUAUAUAAUUGUUAAUAAAUAAAUUUUGCA